AUGGGAACGGAGCGAAAAAUACGGUUGACGCAACCUAUAGUAAACAAACCGCCUUCGCUAGCGGCCGAAGUCAACACCGGUCGAAGACAGAGGCGCGCGAGGAGUCAAGGUCAAUGUCAUCCUGGUCUCGCACGCAAGUUCUCGGAAGCCGGAAAGAUCUUCGGACCUCGUCCUGAUACUCCCGAGACUAUUAAAGCUUCAUCUGACGCAGAUACGGAAACUUGCACCACCCUUUGUCAACUGCCACCGCACGCACGCAACCGCUUCGCAACCGUCACGCUGUCUAUAAACCGGCCCGAGCAGAAUCUACUACCGAUACUUGCUGAUGAAUCAUUCGCCCAC